GAGAGACUGGAGCAAUCGUAGACAUGAAGGAGUUGGGCAUCUGGGAGCCCCUGGCCGUCAAGUUGCAGAUCUAUAAGACUGCAGUGGAGACUGCCAUCCUUCUGCUGAGAAUCGAUGAUAUCGUCUCUGGUUCAAAGAAGAAAGACCGAGAUGGAGAACAGAAGACAGCUCAGCCCACAGAGGAGUCAAUGAAAGAAUAAAAUCAGUAUUCCCCGCCUUUUGAAACUAAUUUAUAAUUUUCCUUAAUCGUAACACCUGUGAUCUUUUAAUUAAUCUAAUCUGUGCGUACUAAUUUUUUACUUCCAUAAUAUGGCAUUUAUUUUUUUGUUUUUACUAUAGGUAAGUUCCUGGUGAAAUUUG